ACCCAAUUUCGGGAGAGAGAAUCCAAUGCAAUCGCAGAAUCAAAAUCUUCUUCUUAUUCUUCUUCUUCUUCGUUACAAAAUUACUUCUCUCUCCCCCAACUACCACCCCCUUAUUUACUCCCUCACACGAAAUUUCAAUCCGUUUUUAAAAUUCUCUCUCUCUCUCUCUCCUCCGAUCCUUAUAAUGAGUGCUUAUACUUCAAUCUGAUUGGUUGAUCCUCGCGUCUCCUCGAUCGCACUGGCAAUGGCGGUUUCUUCCGCAGAGAAGAAGCAAUGGUGGCUCUCCGACAAGCAGAUGGCGGUGAGGUACGUGAGGGACGCCAGGUGCCUAAUCGGCAGCGGAGGAGAGAACGAUGUCGUUUCCGCCUUGAAUCUUCUCGACGCGGCUCUGGUUCUUUCACCGAGGUGCGAGGACGCGCUGGAGCUCAGGGCUCGGUCGCUGCUGUAUCUUCGGCGGUACAAGGACGUCGCCGAUAUGCUUCAGGAGUACCUGCCGAGUAUGAGGACGGCGACCGGCGCCGGCGACGAGUCAGGAUCGGACAACUCCUCGCAGCAAUUUUCGAGAGAGCAAACGAAACUGCUCUCUCCUUCUUCGUCUUCGUCUUCGUCUUCGUCUUCAUCUUCGUCUUCUUCGUUCUCUGAGUUGCAGGAUCGCGACUCGUCGUUCAAGUGCUUCUCCGUCGCCGACUUGAAGAAGAAGAUCAUGGCCGGCCUGCUCUGUACAAAUUGCGACAAACAAAGUCAAUGGAGAUACAUACUAACGGCGAGGAUUCAAAAAGUGAAGCAGAGAGUUGCUUCCGGCGAAAAUGGUAACGUCGAUUACUAUAGUUUGAUCGGAUUGCGACGUGGGUGUUCGAGAUCUGAGCUCCAGAGAGCCCAUUUGUUGCUCUGUUUGAAGCACACGCCCGACAAGGCCACCGGAUUUUUAGACAGAUGCGAGUUGGCCGAUGAUUUUCAUCUCGAUUCGAUUAGAGACAGAGCGAAAAUGUCGGCGUUGUUGCUGUAUAGGCUGCUGCAGAAGGGGUAUUCCAGUAUUAUGACGGCGAUUAUGGAUGAGGAAGCGGCGGAGAAGCAGAGGAAGAGAGCGGCGGCGGCGGCGGCGCUGCAAUCAGCUCCGGCGAUCCAAUUGCAGCACCAGGAAGAUGGUGUUGAUGAAAUGGAAUCGAAAUCGGUGGAGAUUUCGAGUCAUAAUAAUAAUAAUAGUAAAGUGGUUUAUCAAGGGGUGUUCUGCCGGGAUCUGGCCGUCGUCGGGAAUCUGCUGUCGCAGGUUGGAUUUGGCCGUCCGAUUGCGGUGAAGUAUGAGGCGUUGAGCUGCUAAUUUUGGGGGAAAUUUUUGGCCGGCGGGAUCCUCAGUUAAUUCUUUUUCUCUAAUUCCCUAUUUGUAUAAAAGCAUAAUGGUGGAACUGCCCGGGAAUUUUGUGACCCUUUUGAUUUUCAUUUUUUUUCAACUGUUCCAUCCAUUUCAUGUACAGAUUUUUUUUUAUUAUUAUUUUUUACUUCAGAAAUUUCAUUUUCGAAUAUUGGUUCGUCUA